AGGAGGUUUCGUGUCGCGUGGUGAGCUGCAACACGUAGUAUGUGCAGAAACUGCUGCUGCUGCUCACGUUAAUUCUUAAUCUUCAAUUUUGAAGAGGCGUCAUUUUGACUAUUGCAAAACAAUGUCCUUGUGCAGUUGGGACAUUUGUUAAGCGUUCGGCGGUAUAUUCGUGCGACCCCUCCGGUUUUUAUUUGUUUUGCGGACGCCGGACGUUGAAGAGCACGAUCGAAUAGGGCUCAUGUCGCCAGCACUGGUCUCUAUGAUUGUCACGAGCGUCAAACGCCUGGGCAGAGGGAUGCAAAGGAACUGGUGGCGGUAGGGCAUGCCGCAGUGCGAUAGCGUCAGAAGAGGUUUCACACGGCGGAGGCAGGGGAAUGGUCUGAAUUCUGCUAGUACACUGCACUCGCGAGGUCCUCGCUCCCACCACUACGCUGCUGCCGCAGUGCGAGCUCUGCUAACGCUUGUUUUAGUGUGCAAGGGUAAUCUGCAGACGGGGCUCGUAGUGGAAGAAGUCGCGGUGACGCAUCUCGGGGAGCACCAGGUUCUCCAGAGCAAACAACAGUCGUUAAGGCUUGUGCUAGUUUUUCACCAACCUGUAAUGUGAUACUUCAAUCGGACCACUGUUGCGUUCUUGAUCUCAAGUGCUGGCACAUUUCAAUGCUCGGAGAAGAAGGGAUGGUUGUGUUUUUUUUGUUCAGUAGCAACGCGCUAUAUAAUACUAGGGCCAUUAUGGUGAUAAUGAUGUCGCUGGUGGAAGUUCACAUGCGCAUCAGGUUCGUGACAAAAAAGUAUCCUCUAAAGAUGCGCAGAAGUAGAUCUCUAUCUGCAGCGACCGUUAUGGGUCUAGAUCAUCGUCAGCUGUCGUUGCACUCCAGCUGCAAAACCGAGACGGUCGUGACGUGCGGCAAGGAGAUCGAGACGUGCUUCCCGUACUCCCCCCAAGGUAUAUGGCUCAGAGUGAGUAAGUUGUAACUCAACAUGACCUAGGUACAUGACCCACCGGUCUUUGUAGUUUCGUUGCCCCUUCUUAGGCGUCAUUUCCCUUCUCCGAUCGUCUUGGGGAUAAUUCCUCUCUAGGGUCAUCAUUUUUCUUAACUGUACGAGUCAAGAGAGCAUGCUAAUUCUCAUCUGGACGCGUCACGCGGAACCUCGCAACGACGAGGGUUUUCCGCUGCCCUCCGCGCAGCCUGCGGGCUGGUUUUAAGGGUAGUCGAUCAUACAUUUAUCUCGCGUGCCCUACUCUGAGCGGACUCUUCCCUAGUUUCGAGGAGAAAGAAAGCAACUCACUCCACCACGGAUUACAUAAUCAUCGGCUACCCUGCUCUAAUGGUUCCCGAGUACUUUGACCCUUGGGCUUUGCGCUCAGGUUUGUGCAGAGAUCGCCGGCUGUGCUGCAGUUGCCUUCGUGGAAAAUCUCGUGCUUUCGGACAGAAAUGAACACAACUGUCAACUCUUGGUUAGUGUGUCUGAUGGGGGAGAAGCAAAGUCCACGGCAUGCAAGAAAGGGCAUGCAAAUUAUAUAUACAAAUGA